GAAGCAGUGGAGUGGAGCGAAGUGGAAUGGAGUACCGUGUAAUGGAGUACCGUGGAAUGGAGUACCGUGGAAUGGAGUGCCGUGGAAUGGAGUGCAGUGCAGUGCAGUGCUGAGAAUAUGAUUGUGGAGCCAGUUUGGUCGGAGAUGGACAAUGGCUCUUUCCCGAGGUCUGAGAUGCUGUGCCCGGGUGUUUUCCUGGAUACCUGUCCUCAUAAUCACCUCCGUGGUGCUGUGGUCCUACUACGCCUAUGUGUUUGAGUUAUGUUUAUUCACUAUCAGCAACACAUUGGAGAAGGUGGCCUACCUACUGGUGUUCCAUGUGUGUUUUGUGAUGUUCUCCUGGACCUAUUGGAAGGCCAUCUUCACUCCUCCUGCCUCACCCUGCAAGAAGUUCCAGCUGUCGUACUCCGAUAAGGAGCGUUAUGAGAGGGAGGAGAGGCCUGAUGCUCAGAAACAGAUCCUGGUGGACAUCGCUAAGAGUCUCCCCAUCUUCACUCGAGCUACGUCUGGAG